UACAGAACUACUCCAUGAUUUACUUUUGCUGUUCUUCACUUUCACGUUCAAUGAAAUGAAUGUGUUCUUUGCGGCAAAGUCAUAACUUCUGUUAAGGAUUAGCAAUAUUGUUUGAAGAUUUGUGAUAAUGGGGUUUCUACAACUCUUCUGUGUUGCCUCUUUCCCGGUGAUAAAAGUAUUACUGGUGACUGCACUUGGCUUAUUUCUUGCACUGGAUCAUAUAAAUAUAUUGGGAGAAGAUGCAAGGAAGAAUGUGAAUCAUAUUGCAUUUUAUGUGUUUAAUCCUUCACUGGUGGGUAGCAGUUUGGCCAAAACGAUUACUUUCGAGAGUGUUGUUUUGUUGUGGUUCAUGCCAGUGAAUAUUCUUGGCACAUUCAUAUUAGGCUCGGCCUUAGGAUGGAUUUUGAUUAGAAUCACAAGGCCUCCCAAACACCUGGAAGGUCUAAUAUUGGGUUGCUGUUCUGCAGGAAAUUUAGGAAACUUGCCAAUAAUAAUUAUUCCGGCCAUGUGUAAAGAGAAAGGAAGUCCUUUUGGAGAACCUGAAAUCUGCCAUCAAUAUGGGAUGGCUUAUGCUUCACUUUCUAUGGCGAUUGGAGCAAUUUUUCUAUGGUCAUAUGUUUACAACAUAAUGCGGAUUUCCUCAAGCAGAGUCCAAAAAGAAGGUAAUACAAAGAAUGACCCCAGCACAUUGAAGGCUUCAGGGGAGAUUUCAGAGUCACACCCAGAUAAUUUUUCAGAAACAUUUAAUCCUGCAAAAGACGCCCUGGAUGAUGCAUAUACCAUACUACUUCCUAACAAACAAUCUGAGGAAGUGAAGGUUCCAAUCUCUGAUAAAAUUAAGCACCGCUUUAGGACGAUUUCGAGCAACUUCAAUUUAAAAUCCAUAUUUGCGCCAUCAACCAUUGGAGCAAUUACUGGCUUUUUCAUUGGUGUGAUCCCCCAAAUACGUAAUUUCAUUAUUGGCAGUAAUGCUCCACUUCGUGUGGUCGAAGACUCUGUAUCCAUGUUGGGUGAUGCAGCCAUCCCAACUGUCACCCUUAUAUUGGGUGCAAACCUACUUAAAGGCUUGAAGGGAACAAGUGCUCCAUUGUGGACCAUUGUGGGAAUUAUAGCAGUCCGAUAUAUAUUCCUGCCAUUGUUGGGUGUUGUAGUUGUUAAAGGGGCAAUAUACUUGGGUUUGGUCCAAUCAGAUCCCUUAUAUCAGUUCAUUCUUCUACUUCAAUAUGCACUUCCGCCAGCUAUGAAUAUAGGAACAAUGGCUCAGUUGUUUGGAUCUGGUGAAAGUGAAUGCUCUGUUAUCAUGCUAUGGACAUAUGCUUUGGCGUCAAUUGCAGUUACCCUUUGGUCAACCUUUUUCAUGUGGAUUGUGUCUUGAUUUUGUAUUCAUUUAAUUGGUUAUUAU